AUGGACCUCGUCACGACGUGGACCGAGUCGGGCCAAAGGCUCGCACCUGGCGCCCUCGCCAAGGCCGCAGCCAAGGAAGACGACCUCGCGCCGAUGCUCCAGGCGCUGCUCUGGGCGUGCGCGACGGACGCCGUGUCCUGCGCCGACUUUGUCGCUGCGCUCGACGAGUCCAAGCUCUUCACGGCCGACUCGGCGCAUGCAACGACACUUGCAGAUGCGCUCUGGGUCGUCGGCUCGCAGGUCGAACAGCUACCGUGCGACGCCGGCGAGAGCCACUCGAAGGCGUGGAAGACGCUCUGCAAGGUGGUCAAAGACAUAUCCGACAAGAAGUUUGUGCCGGCCAUGACGCUGCAAACGAUCCUCGAGCUCGACGUGCUGCAUGCAGUCGGCCUCGCAAACGAGCCGGCGGCCGUCGGCAAGAAGAUCGUCCGCAUCAACACGCGCAGCUUGUACACGCAGAGCAAGUUCAACCUCCUCCGCGAAGAGAGCGAAGGCUUUGCGAAGGUGCUCUCGCUCUUGCACUCGGGCGUGACGCGCGAUACGGUCGAAGCUGUCCAGCGCGACUUGCUUGCGCUCAUCGGCUUCUUCGACUUGGACCCGAACCGCGUACUGGACUUGCUCUUGGACGUGUACGAGACGCAGUACAUGAACGACUGCUUCGCCGACCUCGUUGCGCCCUUCAAGCGCGAGUACGUCGUGCACCUCCUUGGCUUCAAGCUCCAGUUUUACCAACGCCCCGAGACGAUCGCGGCCAAGCUCGUGGCGCCGCGGUCGCUCUACCGCAUCGCCGCCGUGCUACUGCACAAGGGCCUCUACACGCUACUUGAGCUCUACCCGCACGUGAGCCCGACCAAGGCCGGCGUCUUGGCGAACGAAUUGCAGCGCGUCGAGGGGCUCAAGACGGCUGCACGCGGCUACGGCAAGGUCAACCUGAACGCCAAGAAGGACGACGACGCGCCUGCCGAGACGAAUCUCUCGGAGGCCGACGCCAACCAAAUGUACGGCAUCCUUGUCGGGCUUCUUGAGAUCGGCGCGUAUGAGCUCGCGCUCGAGCGCAUCCAGGCCUUUGUCGCGCACGACUGCAACCCGCUGGCGUAUGCGCCGCUCGCGCGCCAGCUGUGCGUCACGAUCAGCGACUUGCUCGCUUCGCUCUACGCGCCCUUGUCGCUGGCAUCCAUGCGCCUUGUCGCCACGACCGCCGCUCCGUCGUCGUCACCGCCGACGCGCCACGUUGUCGCGCCAAUCACAACGCUGCGCGAGAUGGUCGACAUUGUGUUCCCGAUGCUCCACUUGCUUGGCCCGUUCUUACACCACGACCAGAGUCUCUGGACCAAGCUCCAGCGCAUCCUGCUGCACGCGCUGCCCUCGAAUGCGUGGCUCGUCGAGCCGCUCGAGGCGCUGUUCACGCACACGCUCUUCCCGACGCUGUCGCUCCACGGGUGCUGCCCGAACCUCGUGUACCAGAUGUGGGACCUCCUCAAGACGUUUUCGUGCGAGAAGCGGUAUGCGCUGUACCAGACCUGGCAAGACAAGUACGCCAACGUCCCAGAGAUGAUGCUCGCCCACGCGCGCACGGUCGACACGACGCGCAAGGUCAUGCGCCGCCUCACGGCCGACAAGACCAAGCCGACCGGCCGCGUCCUCACGCACGUGGCGCACGCCAACCCGCUCGUGGCCUUCCGCACGAUUCUCCAGCAGCUCCAAGCGUACGAGAACCUCAUCCAGCCGGUCGUCGAGUCGCUCAAGUACAUUUCGCCGCUGGGCAUGGACGUGCUCUCGUUUGUGCUAAUCACGGAGCUCGGUCGACCGCGCCCGUCGCUCAAGCUCGACGGCACCAACGUGUCGCUUUGGCUUUCAUCGCUCGCGAGCUUCUCGGGCAGCUUUUACCGCAAGUACCCGAUGGUCGAGCUCAGCGCGCUUCUCUCGUACCUCUUCCAGCGCCUCAGCAAGUGGGAGAGCGUCGAGCUCAUCGUGCUCAGUGAGCUCUUGACCAAGAUGGGGUCGUGCUUGGCGCUAGAAGAUCUGUCGCAGACGCAGCUCGAGGCGCUUGCCGGCGGCCCGACACUCGGGUACGAGGCGCCAGAUCCCAAAGUCAUGAACAAGCGCGCGAUUCCUCGGCUUCGCGACACGCUUGUCAAGCUAAACCUCGCGUGGCCGCUCUGCAUCGUCAUGGGCCAGAUGCGCAGCCGCAUCGAGCACGACGAGACGACGAAGGAAGAGCACCUCAAGCUCCUCGGCGGCACGUACGACAUGUGCAUGCGCACGUUGAGCCAGCUGCUGGCGUUUCUGCACGCGGCGGCGGACCCGAGCUCGUAUGUCGGCGCGCUGCCGCCGCUGCGGGACCUCGUGCACAAGUACCACCUACCGGACGACGUUGCAAUGUUGUUGCUGCGCCCGGCGAUGCGGUCCGACGACCCGCUCCUCCGUUCCGGUACAUUCUUGAUGGCAUAUAUUGAAAGAUUGAUACAUUUACUAUAUGUAGUGACGCGCAGUGUCCAUAGCAGCGCGUCGACGGCAUCGGCGAGUGACGCGCCCGGGCCAGCGUUCAUGUACAGCGAGACGUUUCUGGGCGAACUCGAGGCCACUUUUGUGACAUCAGCGCACGACCCGUUCGAAGGGCUCACGAAAGAGCUCUUUGCGACCUUUUGGGGUCUCACGCUCUACGAUAUUUACGUGCCCCACGGCCAGUACGAGGCGGAAAUCACCAAGAUCCGGCACGAGCUCUCGCUGCUAGCGAAUAUGACGACGGGAUCGUCCUCGGAGAAGCGCAAGCAAAAGGAGAAGCUCAUGGCGACCAUCGACAAGCUCGUGACGGAACAGAAGGACCAAGUCGCGCACCGGAAGCGCAUCUUUGAGCGGCUUGAAGCCCAGAAACACACGUUUUUCACGUUGGCGGUCGACACGACCGUCUCGGAGCUGCUGCAAAAGUGCAUUGUCCCGCGCGCGCUGCUGUCGCCCGAGGACGCCAUGUACUGCGCCAAGUUUAUGCAGCAUCUGCACGAGAUCGAGACGCCGAACCUGAGCACGCUGCAGUACUACCACAAGGUGACGCUCAACCUCUCGGGCCUCGUCCUGUGUACGACCGAGCGCGAAGCGUCCAACUUUGGGAUCUUUUUGAAAGAGUCGCAUGCGCUCCUUGCGCGCUGGUUCCACGCCCCCGACGACUUUGUUGCCGAGGGCGCCAGCAAGGUUGGCUUUAGCGUCUCGCUCAACGACCCGAGCGCCCGCAUGGAGCACUACCAAUACCGUCCAACGUACGCCAAGUGGCAAAAACGCAUGGAGCGCGUGUACGCAAGUGCGCUCGGCAGCGCCGAGUACAUGCCGACGCGCAACACGCUCGUGCUGCUCACCAAGAUGAUCGACGUCUUUCCCGUCUCGAGCGCCAACGGGUCGCGCCUCUUGAAGCUGGUGGAAACACUCACGACCGACGAUCGCGAAGAUCUUAAAAUCAUGGCCAAGCGCUACUCGGCGCUGCUCAAGCGCCGCCUCGGGACGUUUGCGGACCAAAAGGCGCCCCGGUCCAGCCCGAGUCCGGCGCGGGACGCCAAGGAUGCCAAGGAUACCAAGGAGCCACGCCGCCGCGAGUCGACGACAAAUGAGAAGCGGCCGCGAUCGCUCUCGCGUGAGAAGGACGAUGGCCGCAAGCGGGGCCGUGGUAGUGAUCCGGUGCGCCGCCGCGACGACACCGAGUCGCGCCGGGAACCUCGUCGCGAGACGCCGCCGCCGGCGCGCCGUGAGAGUGGGAGUCGCAAGGACGACAGCAGCAGUGGUCGUGCUUCCAAGGACAGUCGCAAGGAGGAGCCGGCGGGACGUGGAAAAGAGUCGACGGACGCCAAAGACGACCGCAGCCGCAAGGACGACCGCAAGACCGACCGCAAGGACGAUGGUCGACGCCAGGAGCGCAAGCCCGACGACCGCAAGCCAGAUGACCGCAAGUCUGACGACCGCAAGUCUGACGACCGCAAGACCGAUGACCGCAAGUCUGACGACCGCAAGAUGGCGUCCGAGCGCAAGGCUGACGACCGCAAGACUGACGACCGUAAGACUGACGACCGUAAGACUGACGACCGUAAGACUGAGGGCGAUCGCAAGACGUCCGAGCGCAAGACUGAGGGCGACCGCAAGGCGGCCGAGACAAAGCGGGAUGCGGACCGCAAGGUUGAGAGCAACCGCAAGGCCGAGGCGGAUCGCAAGACAGACAGUGACCGCAAGGCAGAAGCUGACAAGAAGGUCAACAGCGACCGCAAGGCCGACAACGAUCGCAAGGCGGCGGCGAGUGACCGGAAGACGGAAAACGACCGCAAGGCCGAGACGGAUCGGAAGGAUGAAACGGACCGCAAGGCUGAGAGCAAGGUGGAGAGCGACCGGAAGGCUGAAGCUGACAAGAAGAUGACGAGCGACCGCAAGACUACCAGCGACCGCAAGUCUGAGAACGACCGCAAGUCUGAGAACGACCGCAAGGCGGAAGCCGACCGCAAGACGGAAGCCGACAAGAAGACCAACAGUGACCGAAAGGCUGAGAACGAUCGCAAGGCGGCAGCGAGUGACCGCAAGGCCGACAGUGACCGCAAGCCUCUGCCCGACCGCAAGCCAGAGGCGGACAAGAAGACGGAGAGCUCGACGGAGAGCAAGUCGGAGAGUCUGCGCAAGGAGGCGACCAAGCCCGAGGGCAGUCGCAACCAAGAGUCGAAGGACGUGGCCAAGGACGGCGAGUCGGAGGAGGCUGCGUUGCGCCGCCAGCUCCAGGAGAAGCGGGGCGACGUGCGCAAGAUGGUGACGCUGAAUCGGAAGCGCGAGCGCGACGAGCCUACGGUCGAGGACCCGCCCAAGCGCCGCAUGACGUCGUCGCUGGACGAGGCUGAAGAGAAGCGCAUCGUCGAGGCCAACAACAAGCGGCUCGCAGAAGAGCGCAAGCAGCGCAUGGCCGAGCGCAAGCGCAGCGAGCCGCGCAACACGCCGCCGCCGGCCCCGCGCCGCGACGAGAAGCGUGACCGCUCCGUGAAUCGCAACCACGGUCAUGGCCGACGACGCAACCGCUAAGCCCUCGCGUACUAGCUCGAUGCUCUAUACACAAAUAUCCCUUUGUUCAGUCUACA